CGUAAUCUAUGACUGAACCUAUUUAAUACAUUUUUUACCGCCAAAAUAGUCUAAUCAAGCCAAUUUAACAAAUAUUUUAAGUUUUUUUCUUGUGCAUAUAUCAUCAUGACUCUGCCCAAAUUGUCAGAGGGAGCUCUAAGUAUUAUUAUGAAGGGGGGCACAUUUGAGAACCCUAUCAUGCAAAUUCUUGGUAGCAAGAAAAUAGCAUCAGGAAGCUCCGACAAGGAACGUUAUCGACUGUUACUGUCAGAUGGAAAAUAUUUAAUAUCAUUUGCAAUGUUGUCUACUCAUAUAAAUGAAUUGAUAGUAGCUGGUGAAUUGAAAUGCAAUUCUAUAAUAAAGAUAAAAAAGCACAUAACAAGUGUUAUCAAUAACUCAGGGAGAGGUGACAAACGAGUCUUGGUCAUACUUGAUCUUGAAUUGUUAGUGCCUGGAGAUACUUGCUCCAAAAUUGGAUCUCCUGUACAACUACCAGACGAUGAAAUUUCUUGCAGUUCAAGCGAACAGAAUAGUACUACCUCAAAUGGCACAAAGGCACACCCCCAGGAAGAAAGAAGUACUGUCUCUCACAAUCAAUCAAGUAACUUGAAUUCUUCAUUAAAUACUUCAUUGCAAGAUUCAGUGAUACAUCCAAUUUCCAGUUUAAGCCCUUACCAGAACAAGUAA